GUUCCAACUGGGAUGUCCUUGUCGACUGAAGAACAAGUUUACGCGAGUGAAACCAUCAGGACGGCGCCCCCUCCAAGGAUCCCGGGCUACUACCCCUCCAUCCAGCCCCAUUCCCACUACCUGGAUGUGCUGCGCUCCUCCUCAGAAGAAGCGCUCCAGCCUCUCAAGUCUCUGGGCAGGCUGGUCAACGACUCCAGCCCGCUCAUGCCCUUCUCCGUCGGCAACUUCUCCUUUCUCAACGAGACUUCUCCGGCUGCCGAACGGAUCUGCAGCAUCCUGCCCUCCGCUCCGAUCACCCUCUUCACUAAGAUGCCGGACAGCGUCAACCCCGUUUACCCCCGCAGCCGGGACAAGCCGGUCAUUCUGCCGCCCCGCCCGGCUCCCCUGUGCAGUCCCGGCCAGAGGCAGGGUCGGCGGCACCGUCUCCAGCCGAACAACAGCGCCCAGCACACGGGCUCCCUGCGCUCCACCGGGCAGGCGACAGCGGCCGCCCAACACCUCCAGCCCGUACAGUUCACCGAGCAGGACCUCAACACUGUCCUAUACGGCUGCUUGAACUCUGCCAACAACGACGGGACAGUCAGCCAUGCGAUCUCAGGGCUGCGGAUAUCGGGAAACACAGGUGGUCACGAGUCCCAGCUUCAACACCUGGACAGAGACCCUGUCCAAAUCCCAGCGGGACUCGCUGUCUCUCACACCUACUACGGCGGGGUUCCUCACCACGGCGUCUUCUGCUCCCAAAAUCUGAUCCCCAAGGGCGUCCGAUUCGGACCUUUUACGGGAAAAGUGGUGAAUAUGAGCGAAAUUAAAACCUACGACGACAACUCGUACAUGUGGGAGAUUUUCGAAGACGGUCGCCUGAGCCACUUUAUCGACGGGAAAGGGGCGGCGAGUAACUGGAUGGCGUUGGUAAACUGCGCCAGGUCGCCGCAGGAACAGAACCUGACGGCCGUGCAGAGCGAGGGCAAGAUCUUCUACGAGACCUGCAAGGAUGUGCCGGAGAAACAGGAGCUCCUGGUGUGGUAUGGAGACUGCUACUUGCAGUUUAUGGGAAUACCGGUCACUUUAAAGGAAAUGACUGAAAGCCAAUUCACAGAGCAAGCCGAAGAGUCCGCAGAGGGCUUUAAAUGCGAGAGGUGCGGCAAGGUCUUCGCCUACAAAUACUACAGAGACAAGCAUCUGAAGUACACCCGCUGCGUGGACCAGGGCGAUCGCAAGUACCCCUGCCACCUCUGCAGCCGCUCGUUCGAGAAGAGGGACCGACUGAGGAUCCACAUACUGCACGUCCAUGAGAAACACCGGCCGCACAAAUGCUCCGUAUGUGGGAAGAGCUUCUCGCAAUCCUCCAGCCUCAACAAGCACAUGAGGGUUCAUUCGGGAGAACGGCCGUACAAGUGCGUCUACUGCAACAAGGCUUUCACCGCCUCGAGCAUCUUACGGACCCACAUUCGGCAGCACUCUGGAGAAAAGCCCUUUAAAUGCCGUCACUGUGGCAAAGCGUUUGCCUCUCAUGCAGCUCACGACAGCCAUGUGAGGCGCACACAUCCCAAAGACAAAAUGUUCUCUUGUGAUCUAUGCAAAAAAACCUUUAUGGAAGCACACGAGCUCAGCUAUCAUCAGGUGCAGUUCCACGCAGGUUAG